AUCGGUGUCUUUUCAAGUCACCGACUUUCUUUGUUUGGACGAGACUGCUUCCUCCACGUCGUCGUCACUUACAAGUAAGCAGUUCGUUAGCCCGUCACUCGUUCAACAUGGCUGGCCCAAAGUCAUCCUCAAAACCAUCAUCUGCCUCGUCAGAAACUUCUGUGGCAGUUUCAACGUUGUGGAAAUCAUAUCUUGAUCAGACCCCCGACCGCCUCAAGUUCAUUGACGCUUUCUUAGCGUUCAUCGUGCUUAGCGGAGUGCUGCAGUUCGUGUAUUGCGUACUUGUCACAAACUUUCCUUUCAAUGCAUUCCUUGCUGGGUUUGCAAGUUCAGUGGGCCAGUUCGUUCUGACCGCAUCCCUCCGCACACAAGUCAACCCCGAAAACAGAUCCGAGUUCAAGGAAGUCUCGCCUGAAAGAGCAUUCGCAGACUUUGCCCUUGGCUCUAUCGUGCUGCACUUCUUUGUAUAUAACUUCCUCGGAUGAAUGCGUAUAAUAUUAGGGAACUGGUCGCGCAAGCACACAAUUCUACUGCAACCCGUCCGUCAAACUUUAGGGCUGUAAGCGAAUUCUGUGGCCGCCCGAAUAAAAUAUUACAAUUUCAAAGUAGUGAGUGCGAUCUGCUGUCGACAAUGCGUAAUCGGCCGGAGAUGGGAGUUACAAUGGCGAGUGACUCAAGCUCAAUGCUUCCUCUCAAAAGAACUGGAGCGCUGUU